AGGGGGCGAGAGCGUGUGUCGCGGGACGCGCGAUUCCGCAUUUCGGACCCCGGCAGCCGAACGAGAGGGUGUUGCAUCCGCGUACGACCUUAUGAAAGUGCGAGCGCGUGCGCGCGUACGAUUGUGAAAAGUCGCUAUCCCUAUCCCUGCCGUCAUAUUUUGCUCUCGUCACUCUUGCCGCAACAAUUGUAAGCGUUUGAAUUCGGCGAUGUCUUCGCGCGUGGUGCGCGUAAGGACCUGAUCGUCCCCGAUCGGGCAACGGAUCGCGACACCGUCGAAGUAUCGCGUGGGUACCGCGCCAAAAGUAUCGAUCUCGCGAUUGCCGUCGGUCCGCGACGAAGAGGAGGUCGCCGCUUGCUUGGAGCGGUCCUCGCGGCGGGGACCUCGGCAUGGGGGCGAGUGUCGUCGAGUACGCGGCUUCACGCCCGGUUCGGAUUACUCACGGUGCACGGUGAUCGCGUCGUGAUCACGUCGUGGUCGCGCGAAUUGUAUUCGAGUACACACGCUCGGGGAUAUUCCUGUCGGCGAGUGUCACUAUCACCGAACAACGAUCAUGUCGCUACCCCGCGGGGUCGGCCUCGGCGUCGACGUGGGCCAAUUGAUGCAACAUCAGCAACAGCAACAGCAACAUCACGUGCUGCCAGCCGCGUUCUUCCUGCGCGCUAGUGCCGAGAGGUAUCAGCGGACGCCCAAGUGUGCGCGAUGUCGUAAUCAUGGAGUUGUAUCUGCGCUCAAGGGGCACAAACGCUACUGUCGAUGGCGGGAUUGCGUGUGUGCCAAAUGCACCCUUAUCGCCGAGAGACAACGAGUCAUGGCUGCUCAGGUCGCGCUCAGACGGCAACAGGCCCAGGAGGAAAGUGAGGCACGCGAGUUGGGCCUGCAAUUGCAAUAUAAUGCCGGCAGCUGCAAUACUGCUCCCGUUCUACCGGCGGCCGCCGGUGCGACGCCAGCUGGUAGCCCGCCCCCGCACCCGGCACACGUAGCGAGUCCGGCGUGUCUCGCGAUCCCCGCGGCGGCCGCGGCGGCCGCUGCCGCUGCUGCCGCGCAUAUUCAGACGCAACUUCAGCAUCAGCAGCAGCAGCAGCCCACGGAAUGUGGCCUCCUACCGAGGAAGAGGUCUAUCCAGGAUGAAUACCGGCAGUCCAAGGUCGAAAAAAACGAUGCUGUUGUCGGUUUGAAGCGAUCUAGAAUCUCUGAAAACACGACGAUCUUGUCGACCAGCGAUACCGGCAACGAAGAUGAUCGUGAUUCUGAUUCCGGUGGUGAAUUGCGAGCCGAUCGUUCGAUAGUAGUAUCGACGUCGUCAGGAAUACCGGAAACUGAGGAACAGUCCUCGACAAGGAAGCGUACUAAUAGCCUGAAUGAUUCCGAGGAGGGCAGUCCAGAACCGGGCUCGCAGAGUCCGACGCAUACUCCUCCGUUGACACCCGCCUUGACACCGCAAAGGGAGGAUACCCCAGCGCCGGAAAAUCUCAGCCUACGUAAGAGUGGCAGUCCUCCGCAGACACAACAGAUAUUGCAACCGGUGGAUCUAGUUCAACCUAGACCUAGUCCUCCGUUACCCCCUUUAGCUACCGCGACGACAGUGCACUUCCCUUCUUACGCUUCCCUUUACGGGCCGACGGCGAGCUCGUUGGCGUAUUGCUCGCCGGCUCUCUAUCAGCAUCAACAUCAUCAUCAUAUGCCUGAGCCGCGUGAGAUUCACAUGCAGAUGCAGAUGCAGAAUAUUCAGCAGACUUGUGGACUGCAGCUGCAGCAGCAGCAGCAGCAGCAGCAGCAGCAGCAGCAGCAACAACAACAACAGCAACAACAGCAACAGCAGCAACAACGUUCACCAGUAGAUGUUCUGCUACGUGUAUUCCCCGGAAGACGUCGUGCCGAUGUCGAAGCGCUCCUCCAUCGUUGCAAAGGCGACGUGGUGUCCGCUAUGGAGGUGCUGGUUUGCGAGGACAGUCUGCAGCCCAAAUCGGCGUUCUCGCCGCUGGCGGGUGCCCUGGCAUCAGCCGCCGUGGCGUCCGCCGCGUCCGUCUCGGCGGCGGCGGCUUAUGCGAGCCGCGCCGCGUAUUGCACCACUCCGAUACCGUCGACGCGGCAUCGGUUCCUAGCCGCGCCGUACACCGGUACCGGUUACCUGCCCACUGUCAUCAAGCCGCCCAACCAGAGUCUACAUGCCAAUGGUACCGGUGACGCCUAUCGGGAGACCAGUCCCGACGAUGCCAGCGACAAGACGAGCUACUCCGAGUGACCGGACGAAAGUUACGCCACCGUCUGGUCGUAUUCCUCGAUCGUUCCCUAACUAGAACCGGUAUCUAUUUAGGGACUAUACUUGGUUCGUUCGCCUAGGCCUAGGGCCUAGUUUGCCAUAGGAGUGCAAAAUGAAAUGACACUGUUCUUGAGAGACAGCUUUGGCAGCGUCGUUUGGCAGCCAAAAGAAUUUGGCCAAGACUGUCCAAGAGUUACUUCAAAUUCUAACCUAACGAUCACAAUGAUGCAACGUUAUUAAAAUGUCGAAAAGGUCGAUCGUUUAAUCGGAAAAUAUGCGGCACAUUGGUGGUAACAACUGUCGAAGAAAGCAUAAUCGACCACGGUUGACCACGGUUACUCGACCACGGUUAUCGUUUAUCAUCGAUUAUCAGUUUAUCUUGUCGUAUAUCUCGAAUAUCUUCUCUCUUUGAAUCGACUUUGAAUUGACUUCUGAGGAUUUUCACGUAAAUUUGGCUUCUCUCACAAUUCUUUCGCAAUAUUCUUACGCAGAUUAGACGUAAUCUUUUAACAAUGAGAAUGAAAAUAUUGUACAAAUAUAUUUACCAAGUGA